AUGCCUCAGGUAAUGGUGGUCGCACGGAACUUCAUGGACAUGGUGGCUGCACUGCCUGCUGCCAAACUCGAUAUGCUCUACGAUUCCGCCUUCAUCUGUGAGGCUGUACUCAGGUCGUUCCCACCGCUGGCAAAGAAGUACGUAAUUCAGAUGCUGUACGUGUCGGCACCGAUGCCUGCUGCGGCUAUGCAGGAGUGGGUGCUGGAUGAGUAUGCCUCCAAGCACAAGGUUGCCAUCGAUAGGCUGCUCCAGCUCAGGGUUUUUGUGGAAGUACGUGACAGAAGGAAGGAGGUGAGCUACAAGAUGAAUAAUAAGUUUCAGGCUAACAUGCAAAAGUAUUUGGUUAGUGGCGGGUGUUUGCCAAGGGAACCGCUACCAAUCAGUGUCACUGGCAGAUUGCCUACACUGGUGGAACUAGAAAAUUAUGCUCUUGAUCAAUGGGAGUGCUUCUUGCUGCAAUUGAUCAACUCGUCUCAAGUUGAGAAAGGGACCACUUUCAGCUCGUCUAUGAUGAAGACGUUCCAGCGAGGUCUUCUGAGUUCAAGGGAUGGUGAAGCUGCAAAGUUAAGUGAGAAUGGCUUCCAGUUUCUGCUGAUGGAGACAAAUGCACAGCUUUGGUAUAUAAUGAGAGAAUACAUUUCAUCCGCAGAGGAACGUGGGGUGGACCCCACGGACUUGAUAUCAUUUCUAUUGGAGCUUAGUUUUCAUACACAAGGAGCGGCUUACAGCCUAAGUACUCUGACAGAAGUCCAAAGAGUUGCAAUUAUGGAUCUGAUGGAGCUCGGGUUAGUCAAACUGCAGCAGGGCCGGAAAGAUAGCUGGUUCAUACCUACAAAAUUGGCUACAAAUCUCUCAUCGAGCUUGUCAGAUUCAGCUGCCAGCAAAGAGGGUAUUGUGGUUGUGGAGACAAACUUUAGGUUGUAUGCGUACUCUGCUUCCAAGCUGCACUGUGAAAUUCUACGUCUUUUUUCAAGGGUAGAGUAUCAACUCCCGAACCUUAUUGUGGGAGCUAUUACAAAAGAAAGUCUGUAUGGUGCAUUUGAUAACGGGAUCACUGCUGAACAGAUAAUUUCAUUCCUUCAGCAAAAUGCCCACCCUCGUGUCAUCGACAAAAUACCUAUAGUCCCAGAGAAUGUUACAGAUCAGGAUUAG